AAGCUACAGCAGUAGUGCAUUCUUAUCGUUCGUACAGUUCUCCAGUACCUAGAGGGUAGUUAGUGCAGUUGGCAAAUUGCAUCGCAGUGCAGAGCGUUAAAAAAUCAAAACCAUCCACAAGAUGAAAGUGCUGGUAUGCGUUGCUGUGAUCGUGUCCGUGUUUGGUGUUGCUCUUAGUGCUCCCCUAGACGGACAGCAACAGACAGUGGCGAUUGAAGGUGGAGCAAAACGCCAGGAAAAGCGUGGUAUUGGUCUCGCAUACACCGGGCUAACCGGGUUUGGUGCGUACGAUACGUCCCUUGGACUGGCCGGUUAUCCUGCCACAGCUUACGUCACCCCGACCGUGAUCAAAUCAACCUACACUGUACCGGCGGCAGCUACGUACCAUACGGCGGCCUACGAUGCGGCACAUAGCAAGUUCGGCUAUGGUGGCUUCUAUCCGGCCAGCUACGGAGGCUUCGGCACGGGGGGAUACGGAUAUGGCGGAUUUGCGGCUCCGGCGGCCACCUACAGCAAAAUCGUUCAUCCCGCCACCAGCACGUACACGAAGGUCAUCCAGACGUAUCCGUCGGCAGCGGUUGUAGCCGCUGGUACACCUGCGGUCGCUAGCUACACCGGUGUUGGUAGCCUCGGAGGAUACGUUUACUAAGGGGACAGGGAACAAUACAAUAUGCUAAAGUGACCCGAAUGUCGUGAACGGUUUGGGAAUGGAUGCUGUAAAUGAUGUAUGGUAAUAAAGUGUAACAAAAAGUG